UGAAUCCCCCCUCAAAUACCCAUUUCUCAUUUCAAACACAAAACUUAGGAAACAACUUCAAGAACACAAAACUCUAUAGUAAUCCCAAAUGGCAAAAUUCAACUUCUUUUUGCCAUUUUUGUUGUAUGUGUUUGUUGUUUUCUCUUUGGUUAACUCUUUGGCUGUUCAAGAAGAAGAAGAGACUGGUGGUGACAUAAACUAUUGGUGUGAGACGACUCCUCAUCCACAACAAUGUAAGUUUUUCCUGAGUCGUGGGGUACAUCAUAUCCCACGAAACAGGAAAGACUUUCGGAUGUUGGUUUUGCAGGUCGCAUUGGAACGGGCUCAAGACGUCCAGACCUGCAGCUCCAACCUCCGCAAUAAAUGUAGGAGCAAGCGAAAGAAAGCGGUAUGGCUCGAUUGCAACAAGCUCCUCAAUGGCACCAUUUUUCAACUCAGCCAAACCCUAAAUGGUCUCAAACACAACCGUAGCUCCGAUUUUGAUGCACAAACUUGGCUCAGUGCCGCUCUCACCAAUCUUGAAACUUGCUUUUCGGGUUCUCGGGACUUCAAUUUGACAAACUUACUCUCACCACUCAGAUCACAUAACCUUACCGAGAUGAUAAGCAAUAGUUUGGCUAUAAAUCAAUAUUUUGUGAAGCAAAAGUUAGAGAAUGAAGAUCUUAACGAUGAAUAUCCGAGUUGGGUUACACCGGGUGACCGAAAACUGUUGCAAUCAAAUACAAUUCACAUGAAGGCAAAUAUUAUUGUGUCUCAAGCCCGGGGGAGUAGGUUUCGAACCAUUCAAUCAGCUCUUAACUUCGCAGCAGGUCUUAAGCGUGGGAACAAGAGAUAUAUUAUCUACAUAAGAAGAGGAGUUUAUAGAGAGAAUCUUAAUAUUGGAAACAAUCUAAAUAACAUCAUGUUUCUUGGUGAUGGAGCAAGAUACACCAUUAUUACCGGCUCUAGGAGCGUCGGCGGAGGUUUCACAACUUAUAGCUCAGCAACCGUCGGAGUUGAUGGUAUUGGAUUCAUUGCAAGAGGCGUAACCUUCCGAAACACCGCCGGGCCAGCAAAAAGUCAGGCCGUGGCCUUCCGAUCAUCAUCCGAUCUCUCGGUGUACUAUGCUUGUAGCUUCGAAGGUUAUCAAGACACCCUCUUUGUACUCGCUCAAAGACAAUUCUACAAAUUGUGCUACAUUUAUGGCACAAUCGAUUUCAUAUUUGGUAACGCGGCUGUGGUUUUCCAAAAUUGUAUGAUCAUGGCACGAAGACCAUUAAAAGGGCAAGCAAAUGUUAUCACGGCUCAAGGUCGUGGUGACCCCUUUCAAAACACGGGAAUUUCAAUUCAUAAUUCCCGUGUUAUGCCUGCACCAGACCUAAGGCCAGUGAUGGGGACGGUCCAGACAUACUUGGGCCGCCCAUGGCAAGAAUAUUCAAGGACGGUUUAUAUGAAAACGUUCAUGGAUAGUCAUAUCAACCCGAAAGGAUGGUCACCAUGGGAUAAUAGUAAUUUCGCACAAAAGACAUUGGUUUAUGGGGAAUUUGGAAAUUUUGGUCCCGGUUCUUCGACAAGAAAUCGUGUGAAAUGGCCGGGAUAUCAAGUUAUACGAAGCUCGAGUGUAGCGUCUCAGUACACGGUGGAGAGACUUAUAGCCGGCAGGUCCUGGCUGCCGGCUACCGGCAUACCCUUCACUCCUGGACUAUGAGAAAAAAAAAAUGAUUGUUACGUGUUCUUAUUUAUUAAUUAUUUGUGUACAUUUUUUUGGUUUGAUAUUGGAAUUGAUACAACUCGUAUUUAUUCAAUACAAUAAACUUGCGGGUUUUUGUUG